CUGGCUUAACUGGGAAAAAGGUAAGUGAAAACUAAACACUUGUGUUCUAUGAAGCAAAAUUAAAUGUUAUUGAACAAUGUCCAUUGAUUAUUGUUAGGACCAGUGUGAAGAGGUAUCUAAAUCAGAGGCUAGUGAUCAUAGUAAAGGUGUUAGAUGCCAGCUUCUUGAUUGGUGUUCAGAGGAUGAUGUUGUUGUAGGAGAAGGGGAAUUCUGCUCAGCUGAACAAUGGUACAAGAUUGGUCGUAUUCCACUUGGUCGUCAUGCUGCGGCUGUUAUUGUGAAGUCAGUGUCUGAUGAAACAGCCUCUCUAUGGAGACCUACACCAUCUGUAUUCUUACUUGGUGAAGCUUUGGGGACCAAGAUUGCCUGGCCUUUUGGUAAGAUCAUUCUAGACAAUGAUGCAGACUCCCCUAUUGAGAAUAAGACUGCAGGAUCCUCAGUAAGGUUUUCUUUCCUUUACUUGUCAAAUAUCAGUAUAAUAUCAGCUUAAUCACUUAUUAUUUAUGAAUCAUUAGGCUACAGAUGGAUCUCACACAAAAAUCCUCAUAAUUGAUUGGAAUUUGGCUGACUCUGUGGUUGCUGAGGGAAGAUUGUGUUCAACUGACAAGGACGAAAUGGUCAACAAUAUGCCUCUUGGUCAUUCUGCUGGAAUUGUUAAUGUUGAGAAAGUGUUUAACAAGAACGCAUAUCUGUGGAGACCAAGUCCGGGAAAGUUUUUGAUGAAGGAUGUACUACAUGAGAACAUCGCAUGGCCUCUUCAGAGUAUACAAUUUGUGAAUUCCUCACCAAGGAAUGAAUCAGCAGCAGCAGAUAAAAGACCAUCUCCUCCACUGAGCUUAAGUAACAGCACUGGUAGCACAAGCAAAUCAGUCAAGAAGAAAUGCAUCUUGUUAGAUUGCAAAAACUCCAGGGAAAAAGUAGCAGAAGGAAGAGUAUGUCCAUCUAAUCCAUCUGACACAGUCCAUCAUAUGCAUUGGCGGAGCUAG